AUGUCCUUGUUUGCGGGCUCUGAAGCUCUUUGUGUUCCUCCUGCCCAACGGGUCUCGCUUUCUCUGAGAAACCUCACAGUCUCUGUCAAAGGCCGAGACUCUGAGUCAGGAUCCACCAAGAUCCUCGAUAAUGUCUCGUUUGAUCUCGCCCCCAGCAACAUGGUUGCCAUCAUGGGCGGCUCUGGUGCCGGAAAAACGACAUUGCUCAAUGUCUUGGCCCAGACCACCAACAUCAACAGCCCAACAUUGAAUUUCUCCGGAUCGGUGCACUAUAAUGUCGCCCUGGGAGCAGAACAUCCACGGAUUUCCACGGCUUUCAUGCAGCAGAGCGACGUUUUCUUGCCUGGCUUGACCUUGCGCGAGACGUUGGACUUCCAGGCCCAGCUACGUCUCCCCAAUGCGACGUCUGCGGAAAGAAAAGAGCUUAUUGCGUCGUUGCUUUCCCUUUUGGAGCUUGACCACAGAGCAGACGAGGUGGUGAAGACUUUCACAGGGACUGUUUCCCUUUCUGGCGGAGAACAGCGCCGCCUGUCAUUGGCAAUCCAGCUUCUUUCGAAACCACAGCUUCUUUUCUUGGAUGAGCCCACUACGGGUCUCGACACCACGUCUGCGCUAACAUUGGUUUCUGUCUUGAGAAAAUUGGCGUCCCCGGAAAUUGGCAUCACCAUUGUUCUUUCGAUCCACCAGCCUCGCAGCGAGAUUGUGUCUCUCUUUGAUAAUUUGUGUGUUCUCACCAGAGGCGGCCGAACCGUAUACUACGGCUCGCUUUCGGAGUCUUUGGCUUACUUCCAGGACCUUGGAGCGAAAAAUUUGGUCACUAGUUUUGCCUCGAGCGAACCGUUUGAGGUUUUCAAUCGGAUCAUGGCUCUCCUGGUGAAAAACUCCAUCUCUUUGGAAAAAGAAAUCGAGACUUCCAGGCUUGUGGACUCGUUGGUGGCCGAGUGGGCUAGACGCCACGAGUUCAGCCUGGAUAUUCCAGUCGAUAAGCAAAAGAAACACUUCCGGGCAAAUCUCGAUGUGUUCAAAUCCGCCCAGCCUCUUCCGUUGCAUAGAGAAGUGUACAUCUUGGCCAAGCGAACCGGCCUUCUUUCCCUUCGAGACACUGGCUCUCUUAUUGCAUUGCUUGGCGGCGCCGUAGUGCUUGCUAUUGUGCUAGGAUGGAUGUUUUACAAGCCAACGCCUAACUUGUCGGGAAUCCGGUCUAUCACCUCUGUCAUGUAUGCGGUGCUUGAAAUUAUCGGCUUUGCCCCGCUUACAAUGGAGAUUGAGCGUUUGUGGAAACAUGACGGUGUUUUCUUCCUCAAAGAGUACCGGGAAAAGUACGUUUCCGCUCCUGGUUUCAUUCUCUCGCGAAGGCUUGCCAAGUUCUGGGUCGAAGACUUGCCCGUGCUGAUUAUUUUCUCGUCGAUAGCAUAUUUCAUGUGGGGCUUGAGAGUGGGGGACAAUUACAACGACAGCGGCGACGGAUCAUACUUUGGUAUUUUUUUCACCGUUGUGCUUUUGGUGUCGCUUGUAGCCAUGUCUACCGCUAUGCUCUGCUUUUUCUUGGGCUCUUCAUUUGCCAUCUCGACUCUUUAUUCCAACAUCUUUUACCAGAUCCAAAACUCGGGCUCCGGCUAUUUUGUCAACUCGAAAACCAUGCCUGUCUAUGUCAAAUGGGUCAAGUACAUUGCGUACUUCUGGUAUGGCUUUGGCGCUUUGACCUCGAAUCAGUAUUCUGACUGGCAAGGCAAAUGUCCAUAUCCUCAAGAUGACGAGCGCUGUUUCGAGUAUUCUGGCAAUUACCAGUUGUCUGUCUUGGGUUUCCCGCAACAUUGGGUCGGCGCCCCAAUCGGGUACUUGGUUAUUUGGUUUGUUGGCUUCAAUUUGAUGGCGUAUGGUGUGGUCAAGUUGAAAAACUUUGACGUGGCAGUUGCCAAGCAAAGAAAGAACACCAUUGGUGGCGAAGACGAAAACCAGGCGGCGGCUUUGGUAACAGAGUUAUCUACAGCUGGUCUGGCAGAUGAAAAGGAAACAGUGGGCGCCAAUGGCGUGAGCAUUCAUGUUCGGAAUGUGGAAUUGGCCGUUAAGGUGAGAGAACUGCGGUUUUCCUUAGCCAAAACAGGGCUGCGUACGUUGCUCCAUGGCAUCAAUGCCAACUUUCAGCAAAAUGCUGUCAACGUGAUAAUGGGCCCUUCCGGAGGCGGGAAAACAACGUUUUUGAACUACUUGGCCUCUCGGUUGCCCAAAACGUCGUCCUUCUCAUCCACGGGCCAGAUUUACUUCAACGGCUUGCAAGAAGUGACUACAAAAGACAUCUCUCGCAUAUCUGCCUAUGUGACGCAGCAUGACAAUUUGUUAAUUUCCCACUUGACUGUCCGUGAAACCCUCUACCACCAGGCGCUUUUACGUUUGCCCGUGGAAGAACACAAGUACAUUCCCAGCCAAAUUGCAUAUUUGCUCAGGCAAACCGGAUUGGUGGAUUGUGCCGAUACGCCUGUGGGAUCUGCUUCGGUCAAGGGCAUUUCAGGCGGAGAAAAAAGACGGGUUUCCAUUGCCAUCCAGCUUUUGAGCCGGCCCAAGAUUCUUUUCUUGGACGAGCCCACAUCUGGCCUCGACGUGGCCACCUCUGCUUCUAUUUUGGUCAUGUUGAACAAGUUGGCUGCGGCAGGCACCACAAUCAUAUCUUCGAUUCACCAGCCAAGCAAAGAGUUGUUUGAUAACUUCGACUCGAUGGUUCUCUUGGCCCGUGGCGGAUACGUGGUGUACAACGGCCCUACUGCCGGAAUCGGACAAUACUUGGCCUCUUUGGGCUAUCCAUGUCCCGAUCUGGUCAACAUGGCCGAUUUUGUUUUGGACGUGGUGUCAACGCAACUUAUGGAAACCAAGGAAGCGGCACAGGCCCGUGUGGAACAUCUUAUCAGCAAGUGGAGCACUCAGCAAUUGGAAAAGGAAGCGGAACCUGCAGUCGGCACCGAAAUUGACUUGGCCAAAUUCAGCAAAAAGCCAACGCCGUUCAGCGUAGCUUUCCGGACCGUUUGCAAAAGACAGCUUUUGGUGUCUUACCGUGCCAAAGACGUCAUGUUUGCUCGGAUUUCUCAAAUCACCUUGUUGGCCGCAGUGUAUGCUCUUUUCUUUGCGCCCAUGAAAAACUCUCAAGAAGGAGUCAGUAACCGUUUGGGUAUUGCCCAAAGUGUGGUCAACUUAUACUUUUGUGGCUUGAUCAACAACAUUUCGCUCUAUCCGUCCGAAAGAGACAUUUUCCACCAGGAGUACAAAGAUGGAACGUACAACUCGUUUGUAUUUUCGUUUGCGUAUCUUUUCGUCGAGCUCCCAUUCGAAAUCAUUCCAUCCAUCUUCUUUGCCGUUUUGGUGGUGUUUGGAAUCGGCUUGCCCAGAACAGCUGGUAUGUUUUUCGCCAUGUUUUAUUCAUCGCUUGUGUGCGUGAAUGCUGGUGAAUCUUUGGGAAUUAUCUUCAACUCUAUGAUUCAACAUCUUGGCUUGGUGACAAAUGUAUUGAGCAAUUUGUUUAUGGUGGUUAUCUUCAUGGCUGGUACCAUGUCUUUGCAAAUGCCCGGAUUCUUCAAAGCAAUGAAUUACCUCAGUCCCAUCAAAUAUGUGAUUCAAAUCUGCAUCAACAUGAGCUUCAAAAACCAGCGGUUCCGGUGUGCGGAAGGAGUUGAAUCAUGUCUUAUGGAUACUGGUGAGGCUGUACUUAAACAGUAUAAGAUGAAAGCAGAUGUGGCGACAGCCUUUGGUGCAUUGACGGCGUGUUUGGUGAUUUACAGGAUCAUUGCAGUGUUUUCCACAUACGUGAGGGCCAAGUGGUUUGUUUGA